AUGGUUGGGCGCAACUGCGGCAUCGUGGCCUCUUGCCUCGUGCUCGUGGCUUCCUGGCUUUGCUCCUUCCUUCCGGUGAGCCACGACUCCACGCGCCUGGGCCUAGCUCAGGGACAGAGACCACCACCCAGUCCCGGAACCGGAACCGCCGCGCAAGUCGGGGUGCUCCUUGACCUCCGGUCGGCCGGCGGGAGGGCGAGCCGCGCGAGCAUCUCGCUCGCGCUCGAGGACUUCUACCUGUCGCAGCCCGGCUCGCCGAGGAUCUCGCUGCACGUCGUGGAUUGCAAGGACGACGAGAUCACCGCGGCUUCAGCUGCAAUAGACCUUCUGAAAUAUUACAAAGUUCAAGCCAUCAUUGGCCCAAAGACGUCAACACAGGCAAGGUUCAUAAUUGGCAUCGGCAACCAGACAAAUGUGCCUAUCUUGUCCUACACAGCUACCAGCCCAUACCUGUCAGUUAACCCUUCCAAGUAUUUUGUUCGUACUGCCCUGGAUGAUGCCUCUCAGGCUCCUGCAAUAGCUUCUCUUAUCCAACUCUUUGGGUGGCGACAAGUUGUACCAAUCUACGAGGACUCUGACUUUGGUAGAGGUGUUAUACCGUUCCUUGUGGAUGCUCUCCAUAAGGUCAAUGCACACAUACCGUACCGUAGUGUUAUUCCUUCUGUACCUACUAAUGAUCAGAUCAAGGCGGAGAUUAACAAGCUAAAGACAAUGCAGACACGAGUGUUUAUUGUGCACAUGUCAUCAGAUAUUGCCGCACGCCUCUUUUUCAUUGCCCAUGAAGCUGAGAUGCUUGUUGAUGGUUAUGCCUGGAUUGUGACAGACAGCGUGGGGAACAUGUUUAGUUCCUUUGACCAGAACACAAUCUAUUCAAUGCAGGGGGUUCUUGGUCUCCGUCCAUAUGUGCCACCAUCAGACAAGCUCCUCCACUUCCCUGCUCGAUUUGUUUCACAGUACCUUCAAGAAAACCCAGGUUCACCUUAUCCAUCAAACCCCAAUGUGUUUCAGUUGUGGGCAUAUGACACAGCAUGGGCGAUUGCAAUGGCGCUACGGAGGACUGGAUCUCUUACACUUGGCUUCCAAAUGCCAUCUCAACAGAACAGCAAUAGUUCUAAUGAUCUAAGCAUGCUGGGUGUUUCUCAGGAUGGAUCCAUGCUAAUUGAUGCAAUCCAAUCCACAAGAUUCCAGGGUAUAUCUGGUGAUUUUGCUCUACUUAAUGGACAGCGGCAGCCAUUUGCAUUUGAGAUUAUCAAUGUAAUUGGUAAUUCAUAUCAAACUGCUGGGUUUUGGACACUAAAGUCAGGCCUAAGUACGAGCCUAACUACUGCUCCUAGUGCUACUGGUGGUCUGACAACAGUGAUUUGGCCUGGAGGGUCAGUAUUGCCUCCAAAAGGUUGGGAGUGGCCAGUGACCGGAAAGAGGUUACAAAUUGCUGUGCCAAUAAAACCAUAUCCCAACCCAUUUGUAAACAUAAACAAAGAUGAAACCACUGGAAAGUUUGAAGUGAUGGGAUAUUCCAUCGAUAUCUUUGAAGCUGUCAUGCAGGAGAUGCCAUAUGCUGUCCCCUUCAUGUAUGUGCCUGUUGAUGUACCUGGCAAUAUAUCCUCGUCGUACAGCGAACUUUGUUACCAGGUUUCCUUAAAGGUAUAUGAUGCAAUGGUUGGAGAUACCACAAUAGUCAUGAACCACUCUUUGUAUGUUGACUUCACAUUGCCUUACACUGAAUCAGGGGUGCAGAUGGUUGUUCCCAUGAAGGAAAACUGGAGCAAGAGUUUUUUUAUUUUUGUUAAGCCCAUAGAAAAUGUCCUUUGGGCAGUCAUAUUGGUUGUGUUUGUGGCCACAGGUUUUGUUGUAUGGCUGGGUGAGCACAAAAGAAACAGACACUUUGGUGGCAAUGCUCUACAACAGUUCUUCAAUAUUUCCUAUUUCAGCUUUCAAGCGAUCAUAGCUACACCAAGAGAUCAAAAGUUGAAGAAAUGGUUGUCAAAGUUUGUGCUAAUAAACCUGUUAUUGCUGGUUUGGUUGCUGGAGAAACUCUAUAGCGCAAGCUUAACCUCCAUGAUGACAGCACGACAGCUCCAGCCGACAAUUGUCGACAUGAAUCAACUUAUGAGAAAUGGAGAUUAUGUUGGGUACCCUGAUGGAUCUUUUGUUAAGGAUCUCCUUACAAGCCUUAAAUUUGAUGAACACAAAAUUAGGAAGUACAGCUCACGAGAUCAAUAUGUUGAAGCAUUGAUGAGAGGAAGUGGGAAUGGCGGGGUUGCAGCAAUAUUUGAUGAGAUACCGUACCUUAAGCGUUUUAUGUCCGAACAUUGCAGUGACCACAGUUUUGUUGGCCGUGUAUACAAAACCGGUGGAUUUGGCUUUGUCUUCCCUAAAGGUUCUCCACUGGUCGCAGAUAUAUCUAGGGCCAUACUGAAGGUGACGGAAGGUGACAUGAUUGUGGGCAUUGAGCGGAAGUGGUUUGGAGACCAGGUGGCAUGUGACAGCCAAAGGAAUGUCUUAGGUUCGGCUGCUGUUAUUACCUUGAGCAGCUUAGGAGGGGUGUUCUUAAUAACUGCUGCUGCGUGGGCUCUUGCACUGAUCACAUGGGCAGUUAUUUGGUUCUGUCAGCGGCGACGACUGCAUGACACGCAACAAAGCGAUGUCACUUUGGCUGAACUUGCUGUUGAGCGCGUCGAUGCUGUCUCCCGUGUCCCCGAUGAGCUUGUUGUUUGUACUAUUGGUAGGGAUAACCAUUUAGUUUUUCGCCUGCUUGGCAACCCACCACCACAGCCAGCAGCAUCUGAUAAGGAACCGGGACCUGAACGGCAUCCGCCAGCAGCGCCUGGCGAUGCAGGGGAAGCUUCGCCCCUGCAAGUACCUGACGGUGAAGGAGGAGAGGGACGAGCAAGCCAUGAUGUGGAAAUGGUUGGUCAGUGA